AAAAGAGAAAAAAAAAAAAAAAGUUGGUGAUGAGUUUAGUGUGAGAGCGGGCCCGCCUCAGAGCAGGCGAACCGUCCGGGCAAUGGCAAUCUGGACCAGAGCGGACAAAAACGGUCAACUGGACCUCCUGCUCCGCGACCGCUGGAUCCGAGUGGCCGCCGAACUCACCCGGGAGACGCUGACUUUGACGGCCGAGGCGGAGGCGAGCGGACACGGGGGCAGCAACCACUGGGACUACAGCAACUCUCCGGCGGGCCUGCGGAAUGGCAUGUCGAACGGAAACGACCCGGGGACGAGUCCGGGGAGCUCUGGCCAACUCCAGAACCAGAACCAGAACCACGGGGGUCGUGGGCGCAGCAGCAGCCCGGGGCGCGGGGGUGCCAGCCGGGGUCAAUACGACGGCAACUACGGUGUAAACAGCCCCGGGAAAUACCCGAAUAACGGCACAAACUCUGACUUUGGAAGUCCCGGCUCCAGCUACGGCAGCCCCGGGUCCAGCUUCGGGUCCAGGCAAGGCGACUUCCCGGUCAGCCUGGACGGCUCCUCGGAGGCGGUGCGGAAAGUCCGGGUUGUCAAACAGGAGUCCGGCGGGCUGGGGAUCAGCAUCAAGGGGGGGCGAGAGAACCGGAUGCCCAUCCUCAUCUCCAAGAUUUUCCCGGGGCUCGCCGCCGAUCAGAGCCGGGCUCUCCGGGUGGGCGACGCGAUCCUGUCGGUGAACGGGAACGACCUCCGGGAGGCAACGCACGACCUGGCGGUGCAGGCGCUUAAGAAGGCUGGAAAAGAAGUGACGCUGGAGGUGAAGUACAUCCGCGAGGUCUCUCCACUCUUUAAGAAGCCAUCCCUGGUGGCCGACCUGCCGUGGGAUGGCAUCCGUCCACAGUCGCCCAGCUACAGUGGCAGCGAGGACUCCGGGUCGCCCAAACACAGCAGCUCGUCCUCCUCCAAAGACAGAAAGGUCAUAAGCCUGAAGAUGUGCUUCAUCAGCAGGAACCUCACCAUGCCGGAUCUAGAAAACAGACUGUUGGAGCUCCAUUCCCCGGACGGCCAGCACACGGUGGUGCUGCGCUGUAAAGACGGACCGACCGCCAACUCCUGGUUCACUGCCAUCCACACCAACAUUGCCGCCCUGCUGCCUCAGACUCUGGCUCACAUCAACGCUUACCUGGGGGCCUCGUCCACGGCCUCCACGCACCCCCAUCUCAAACACAUCGGCUGGUUGGCUGAACAGGUCCAGCUCGAAGGUGGGCGGCAGCAGUACAAACCAAUCGUCAUGGCGCUGACGGAGAAGGACAUCCUGCUGUUUGAAUCAGUGCCGUGGAGCAGAGAGUCCUGGUCCAUACCUUUGCUCACACACCCACUGUUAGCUACAAGACUUGUUCAUUCUGGAAACGCCCGGGGUUCUCCCGCCCAGGGUUCAGACCUGGUGUUUGCCACUCGGACGGGCACGGGACGGGGCAUCGAGUCCCACGUCUUCCGGGUGGAGACCCACUGGGAUCUGUCGUCGUGGACGCGAGCCCUCGUACAGGGGGCGCACGCUGCCGCCGAGCUCAUCAAAGAAGUCUCUAUUGGUUGCACCUUGAACAGACAGGAUGUCCGCCUGACGCUGCACUACGAGAAGGGCUUCACUGUGACGAGGGAGCCGGCAGAUCCAGCCGGGGGCGCCGUGCUGUUCAGAUACCCCUACGAGAAGCUCAAAAUGUCUGCAGACGACGGCAUACGCAACCUUUACCUUGACUUUGGGGGUCCAGAGGGUGAAAUGGUCUUUGACCUCCACUCGGGCCCAAAGCCGGUGGUGUUUGUCCUCCACUCCUUCCUGUCAGCCAAGCUCACUCGCAUGGGCCUGCUAACGUGAAACAAUCGACGGCGACGGUGGUGGCAGUGGCGUGGAUGAAGAGGAUGGGCCCAGGCACAGUGACGAGGAGGGCGAGAGGAGAGAGGAUUGAUUUUUAUUAUUUUUUUUAUUUGUUUUUCCAAUUUCUACAUUCACAGCUGAAGUUAGACCUGAGGCGGCGCUGCAGGAGUCAUUUUGUUGAUUGUCUCAAUAACGUGCCUUCUCUUCCAACUUCUCCUCAACCUGCAGUCAUUCGUAAUGUCAAGGGGGGAAAGAAAAGUGGCACUUUGCUUGAAGACGUGAAGCGUUACAGUGAAUGUUUCAAACCCCACAAGACGUGGCGCUGUGGUCCGUUUUAGAAGAUGCCACGAGCAGCUCGAGGAAGUCGGACAUUAAAACGACAGAGAAUCCAGUCCAAUUUCAAAAUAAAACACCCAAAAGGGAAGCAUAUUUACAUAUGUAGAAGCACAUAAAUCAGAAAAAUGACCAAAUCUGAGCAAGAAAACAAAGGUCUGGUGGGCAAAACGCUUCUGAAACGCUCCUGGUGGGGUUUGAAGUCGCGCGGAAGCUGUGACGAGCUCGUCAAGCAAAGUGUCGCUGUGUUCGGACGGUGAACGCUCCCUUGUUUUUACUCUUUGCCUAUCAUUCCACGACAGCCUUCCAGUGUAUUGUUUUUCACGUGUUCGUUUGAAAGAAGCUGUUUUAGUGAGUCCGAAUGCAGUUUGUUGAUCCGAGAUUGAGCGACUGAAAUGCAAAAGAAAGGUGUGUGCGUUCAUGUGCGUCAUGUGUUUAUGCUACACGCUUCUGUUGGCUUCAUAGUGUGCCUGCCGUCUGACACCUUUUAGCACGUCAUCCCAAACUACUACUGUUGUAAUCAGGAUUGCCAACUGUGCCUUUUUACAUGUAGACGAAGACACUCUUUGUAAUGUUGUUUUUUAAAUUUUAUUUCACACAAUAAGAGAGUUUUAAGCUUUCGACAUGCUCGAGCAAUAGUAUUACUCUUAUAGUGUAAAAAAACAUGUUACUUUGUUUUUAUGUUUGUUUGUUUUUUUAUAAGUGUGUAUCUCAUGAUAGCAUGACUUCCUGACAUUGAACUCUGUAUCAGAUGAUGUAUGACAUGAUCACGUGUUAUCUCCUCUUACUGACCUACACUACCACGCCGUCUCCGUUUCGCCAUCAUCGCAUUCCAAUUCGCUUGAGAUUACUCGUCUCCUGUUACCGCUCCGCACAGAAAUGUUCCUCCGGGCAGAGGUACAGACGUGUGCUGAUAAUCCAAACUGUACCGGUUAUAGAGGAAUGACCGUAGACUUGGUCUUUUCUUUCCAGCCGAUGAGAAAAUAGUCUUUACUCAAGGUCUGCUUGCUAGAUUUCAGCCACAUCUCAUGGUUUUUGCUCAGUUGUCAUAGAUGGCUCAGCGAGCAUCAUGUGACCUAAGUGUGGAACUUAACUUGCAUUGUAAGAAGUCUUUCGUACAUUCGGGGAAAUGGUAUCUCUGUUUGACGAUGGUUUCUGCUGGUGUUCUUGAUCCUGGUCGAUGACCUUCUGGUCAAUGCUGUGAAGUCAUUCACAUCACCGGUAGCCACUAACACAUGAAAUGAAAUGUUUUCAGGGGGUGAAAUAACAGGAAAUUUGGCUGAAAUGGAAACAAAAGAAAAACAAACUUGAGCAGGAAAUAAUUUCUGCUGCUGAUAAACGAGGAACACCAGAGAAAACAUUUGUACCGCCCCAAAUAUUGCUGCUCAUUGGCACCUGAGAAAAAAAAGACUGUUUUAAAGAUGUAUUGUAAUGAGAACUGAGCAGACUCCAUCCACUGAUGGAGACCAUGAGAUGCAGAAGAAAGCUCUGGAGAAGGCUAAAACUAAACUACCAUCUCCAAGCUGACGAAUGAGAACUUUGUUGGAGCUAAAAAUCCUUUGGUGGAUCUUCAUUAUUUCAAAACAGAACCCCUAAAUUGGGUCCAUUUUUGGGGGGCUAAUGUUGAGGCGAGUUGAAGUUAGUUAAACCAAUCACCAUCUUCCAUUCACGUCAUAUUUUCAGUCCAGUGCCUGUGUUGAGACUUGACUCAUUAAUGAGUUCAACGUGACCGUAAUUAACACGUUUUCAUAACCUUCGGUACAUGUUGCUAAAGUCACCCUUCAGUAGAGCCUCUGUGUCCGUCUGGGCCUCGAAUAAUGAAGCAUUGUGUCUACUGACUGUGCAACAGAGGAAAACAAGAUAACCCCUCUGUUCUGGGAUAAGGAACACAAUCACCGGUCUAAAUGACCUCUGUUCUAUUUCGGACUCUGAUGUCCUUGCGAUGGUUUGAACAACCUUGUUUGGCUUUUAUUACGAAAGCUGAAAUGUGUAAACAUGUAGUUUGACUGUCUGAAGCUUCAAACAUCAUGUUUACAUGGCGUUUCUCUGAUGCUUCUGCUGCAAUGUUCAAAGUCGCACGUCCAUCGUCCUACUUUUAUUUGACGGUAAUCAUGUGUCUCUAACCCGCCUCACAAAAGUGAUUGUCCAAAGUUGGUCAACCUUCAACAAGCUACAGGCUGUUCCCCGUUUGAGCUGUUUGAUGCACUAACCGAUCAAACCCCUUUAAAUCUGUGAAUGUACCCCUCCUCUCCUCUUCCUGAUUUUUUGUUUAAUCUCCUUUCUCUUUAUGUUUUGAAAUCAUGGCUCUCCUGUCUAUGCAAAGCAAACGCUUCAAGCGAAGGGGGUUUCUUUUUUCUUUUGAACCAAAGGUAAUAUCUGUGGCAGCUUGCGUCCAACACAAUCAUUGAACUGAAAAGUCACAAAAGGAUAAAAGUGCUGCUGCAAUAACCUGUCUUAUGCAAAGUAUUUUAGACUUCCUUCCAAGAUACAGUAUACGAUGUAUGAUAGCAAUGUAAUAAUCUCAGAUGUAAAUACCUACCAAUAAAACUGUUACAAAAUA